AUGGUACCGAUAUGGGACGUAAAGCUAAAAAGCAGAACUUACUGGUCUGGUGGGCAGGGCACUCUGGAGGCCUCAUCGGUAAGCCCAGACCAGAGGAGAGCAAAGAUGGUAAACACAGUGCGGGGCCUCCAGAAGCAGCAAUCCAUGACCGACCAUCAGUUCACAGCCCUGGAAGACAAUAGGAGACCCAAGAACCUGAAGAUAAUGGGCAUCUCAGAGGAGAUACCGGCAGCGGAGCACCUACAUCUGGUGCAACGCCUACUGGUGACAUUUCUUUCCCCAAAGCUGGCUAAGAAUAUUGCGUUAGACUGA